GUCUUCUCUCAUGGUGAAACUUGGAAAACUAUGAGAAGAUUCAGCCUGACCACCUUACGGAACUUUGGAAUGGGCAAGCAGCUCAUGGAAGACAGGAUCGUAGAGGAAUGCCAGAAUCUCAUACGCAGCUUUGAGUCUCACAGAGGAAAGCCCUUUGAGGUCAAAACAGUAAUGAAUGCUUCUGUUGGUAAUGUUAUUGUGUCAGUGUUGUUUGGAAGACGGUUGGAUUACCAAGACACCCAAUUCCUGAGACUCUCAACCUUGAUUGGUGAAAAUGUGAAGCUCGUUGGAUGUCCUAGGAUUGCACUUUUCAAUAUGUUUCCAGCUUUGGGGUUCCUCCUAAAAAGUCACAAGACAGUACUCAGGAAUAGAGAUGAAUUAUUUGCUUUUAUAAGGAUGACCUUCCUAGAUCAUCAGCAUGACAUUGACAAAAAUGAUCCAAGAAGUUUCACUGAUGCCUUUUUGGUCAGACAGCAGGAGGAGAAAGAUACAUCUACUGCCUAUCUCAGUGAUGAAAAUUUGGUGGCACUCGUUAGUAACCUGUUUGCAGCUGGUACAGAGACCACAGCCUCCACGCUACACUGGGCACUACUGCUCAUGUUGCGAUAUCCUGAAGUCCAGAAAAAGGUUUGUGAUGAGAUCACCAAAGUUGUGGGGUCAGCCCAGCCUCGAAUUGCACAUCGAACUCAAAUGCCAUACACAGAUCCUGUCACUGAAGUACAGAAAUUUGCUAAUAUCCUGGCCACAAGCUUACCUCAUGCAACAACCACAGAUGUGAUGUUUAAAAAUUACUAUAUUCCUAAGCUUUUGUCCAUGAUCGUCUGGGUCCACCGGCAGUGGCAUCCAUCUCUGGGGGGCAUCCUCAUUCUUGGCUCAUAUGACAUAACCUGCACAAAUCCAGGCCCCAACACCCUCAACUUCCACUGCCGUGGGGGUGGUCGGGAUGACAGCAAACGGUCCCUUCCAGCAAGGCUCCAAGCCUCCCACUUGGCGGCAGCGUAUAGUAAGGGCCACGGUGAUAAUAAAGCAAAGGGGUAUCAGCAACUGGGUUUUAUAGUUGGAGCUAAGGUUUCUAUGAGAGAUAGAGAAACAUGGGCUAUUAGAAACUUGGGACAAGGGAACAAUGCUGUUAAUUCUAGCAGUACUGAAAUAGCAAACCAUUUCAUCUGUAUUUAA